CCAAGUGAAGAACAUCUCGCGGACCGGAUUUUCACAGCGGGUUUUCAAAGUUAAAGCCAAAGGCAGAAACUGAAAUCGCUGAACGCCAAUUAAUGGACGCCAAGAGGCAACUUUCAAUUGAGUUUCGUCGUUCCACAGUCGUUGUUGCUGCCACAUAUUGCUUCUGAUAUUUUGCGGCCGUGUUUGUGUCUGUGUGACUCUGCAAUAUGGCCAAGUGUUUUGUGCUGAAAAAUGUUAACCAGGCUUAGGCCGAGCGCUCUCUAAUCCCAUCUGUUCAGCUUGUUGGCGACAAAAAAAAAAAAAAAAACAGAAAAAGUAAAAGAAAACGAAGAGAAAUAUCAAAGAAGAAAAGCGGCGUUCCCGUAGACACAGUCGCUUGGUAAUUGGGCAGAGAUGAGUGGCCUGGGUCCGGCAGCCUGUUGGCUGGCCCACAAGCGCAUCGAGUCCUGGUCGCGGAUGGCCAAGGAGCGAGUGGGAGCGGGAGUGCGUCGCGUCACCCUCGAUAGGAACUCGGCGGACGAGGGAUCGCCGAGUGGGAGUGGCAGUAGCUCCACCACCGGAGGCGCUGGUGGUGGUGGCAACGGGCCGUCGGUGGUGCACAUCCUGCCGAUGGGCGAGGGCUCCACCACGCCACCGCCGCAACCCAUGACCCCGCCGCCUUCGGCCUCGUCGGUCACCUCGACCACCAGCGGAAUUGGCAGUGUUUCGGCCGGUAGUGUCAGCGAUAGCUGUGAUUUGCCCACGGACUCGGAGGAGGUGGCCAUUGCCAAGGAAUGCCAGCCCAUCCAGCCGGCCAGCCAAAUGCAUGGAAUGCACGGCGGCAUGGGCUUCAACCAUCAUCACAUGGGCACCGUUUCGGCCACUGGGACGGACAUCUUGCGCGGACCCGCCGAAGUGUUCCACAGUCCGCUGCACUUGCACCACCAGAGCCGCUCCUUCCCCCCGCGCCUCCAGCGCACGCCGUCCAUCUCCAGCCAGAGCAGCGUGGACAGCGCCCCAUCCAGGCAUUCGGGUCACCGUGGAUCCUCGCCACAGAUAAGGACUUUCGGACCGGACGGACGUAGCUCUCUGCCGAGUGAGCCGGCAUUUCCGCACCACUUGGCCAGAUCGCCCAGUCCCAUGCGAACGAUUUCUUUGGAUGCACGCUGCGGCAGUCCGGCCCAUUCGGCGGAUCCUGGCGAUCUGAGGACACCCAGUCCUUCGCAGAGCAGCUUGGCCUCGUUGGCCGGUGGCUCGGGUAUGGGAGGCGGUAGCUCGGGAAAGGGCGUGGCCGGUGGUCGCUGCCUUUCGCCGCUGCUCAUACCGCCACGAUCGCAGCCCGGAGUGGAUCCCGCCAUGGGUCCUGCCUCCCCGCUGGGAGCCCUCCAGCCGGAUCUCUACCGAUUGCCUGACGGACCCGUUUAUCUGACAGCACCCGAAUCCAGUCACGCCGUGGGACGUUUGCACCUGCGCGUGAAGUACGACUAUCACCUGUUCGACCUGACGGUUCAUCUGAUUGAAGCUCACAGUCUCAGUCCCAUCGAGGAGGGUGGCUUCCGGGAUCCUUAUGUUCGGCUGAUGUUGCAACCGGAAGUCGACAGCCGGAAGCGACAGACCCACAUCCAUCGUGGCGAAUCGAAUCCCUACUUUGACCAGCACUUCAAGUUCCCGGUUUCCCGCGAUCAGCUCCAAGGCAAGGAGCUGAUCCUCCAGGUGCUCGACUACGAUCGCUAUUCGCACAACGACAUUAUCGGAGAGGUUCGCAUCUCGGUGGAUGGUCUGGAUCUCUCCAAGUCUGUGGAGAUCUGGGGAGACUUGCUGCGGACCAAGAAACCCAAAGAGGAUCGACCGGAGCUGCUUUGCUCCUUGAACUAUUUACCGCAGGCCGAGCGAUUGACCGUGGUCAUAAUGAAGGCUAGAAAUUUGGAUACUCUUCAGGAACCAUAUGUGAAGAUUUACCUUAUUCAAAACGGCAAGCGCAUCAAGAAGAAAAAGACGAGCAUUACGAAGUCCGACGAUCCCACCAACCCCAUUUGGAAUGAGGCGUUCACGUUUAAUUUGCAAUCAAAUUAUCUCCACAAUGCAGCCAUCGAGAUCUAUGUGGUGGGUGCUGGGAGCGAGGCCACGGAAAUCGGAUGCUGCGGUCUGGGGCCCCAGGAAAGUGGAACUGGCUGCCAGCACUGGCACGAUAUGAUUAACAAUGCCCGAAAGCCGACGGCCAUGUGGCACUAUAUCCGCUAGGCACCAUUAUAAACUAUUAUUUUCCAUUUUCCAACCGAAAAAAACAUUCAAUUGCUCCCGCAUUGCGUCUAUAUAUAGGUGUACUUCUAACGUAACCAUGUGUGUGUCUGUGUGAAUUUUCCAAUUGCAUUUUUGCCCGAAGCUUAUAAUGUUCUACGAAAUCAAAAUCUCAUCUCUAUAUAGUAUAUAUACAUGGAUGUACAAUAUAUAUAUGCUGCAGCUAACUAGCCCUCCAAGAAGCUCAAUCAAAAGUUCCUACACAACGACAGAAACUUCGAAGAAAAAAGCCCAUGAAAAUUA